AUGGCGGGGGAAGUUGAGGACCCUGCGGAGGUGAGUGCAUUUGCCAAGAGGGUGUGCAAGGAGGCUUGUGAAGCUGCUGACUCUACUCGCGGUGGGCUGAAGGUAGAGGGCAGUAGGAGUGGGAGCACGUCAGGCAAGGGGGAGGGGGGUUCGAAGGGGCUAAUGUGGGCUGCUCCUGAGGAGGGAUGGGUCAAGAUUAAUGUUGAUGUUGUAGUGAAGGAGGAGAAUGGUGUGGGGCUUGGGGUGGUGGGUCGUGAUCACAAGGGGGACGUGCUGGUUUGUGGUUCGAGGAGAUGGGAGUGGAGCACCGCGGUGGAUGAAGUUGAUGCUCUUGCUGUGAGGUGGGGGAUGAGGAUGGCAAAGACAAGAGGCUACCGCAAUAUCGUAGUCGAGAGUGAUUGCUUGUCCAUCAUUGACGUUUUGAAGUAG